AUGGGGAGUGGUGGGCAAAGUAUAUGUGCGAGAGACGUUUCAGACCAUUGUCCCGUUUGGAUUGUCAAGGAUAAUGUAGAUUGGGGUCCGAAACCGUUCAAAGUCAACAAUGAAUGGUUCAAUUUCAAAUCUUUUUUACCUCUUAUUGAGAAAACUUGGAAAGAAGCGGUAGUGGAAGGGAGGAGUGACUUUGUUCUCAAAGAAAAAUUUUGUAUUCUCAAAGGGAGGCUCAAAUGGUGGAACAAAGAGGUGUUCGCGAGGAUUGAUUUGGAGGUUGAAGAGGAGGUGGAGGAUUUGAAUAGGUGGGAUACUUUACUUGAGGAGGAGAAUGUCGGGGGGAGGGAUGAAAUUGUUAAAGUUAGGAAAGAGGAAUCUUGUCGAUUUUGGUUGAAUUUGAGAAUCAAGGAGAACAUGAUCAUCCAAAAAUCUAGACUAGCAUGGAUUAACGACGGGGAUUCCAAUAGCGGAUAUUUUCACAAAGUGAUGAAAGAAAGGAGGAGGUAUAACCACAUCGGUCCCAUAAACUCUACGAGUGGCAUGAAAGAAACGGUUUUGGAAGUUAAAGAAAAGGUCUUCUCUCACUUUUCUAAUAAAUUUGUGGAAACAGAAAGGAAUCGGCCUUGUUUGGAAGGUAUAUCUUUCAAGAGAUUAAGUAUGGAGGAUAUCACUUUGCUAGAGGCUCCUUUUGAGGAAAGUGAGAUCAAGGAAGCUAUUUGGGGAUCUGGCGGUGCUAAAACUCCGGGUCCGACGGGUUUUCUUUUCUCUUCAUAA